GAUUCAAAUUUCUUUAAAUACCACUCUUAUAAAAAUAUCGAUUGCCCAUUAGAGAAAGAAUUUGGCCUCCAAUAAUUAAGCCUACGACGAUGAUAUAUCAUAUACAGCAUUCUCGAGCGCUUUAGUUUCUUUACGUAAAACAGAAUGGCGACGUGCAUUAAAAUGAGCAUCCUAGGAGCUCCCAUGAAUCCUUUAUUUGUGUGAUAUAUACUUUGAUAUUUUGAAGAGAAAGAGAGGCGCAGAUGAUAAAAGAGGAAAGUCUAAAACAGAGAGAAAAAGAGAGAGAAUGACUCGAAUCAAAAGUAUAUUAUUAGUUACGUGUUGCAAUUUCUUUUUUCUUUUUUCGCAUGGGUGACAAAUCGCUAAACGGAUAUUUCAAUGCUCAUAUCUGUCUCAUACGAAGUUCGGAUGAAGUUGAGCAUACAUAUGCGAGUACAAAUUGAGAUAGGUGGAUCCGCUCUUACAAUUUAAUUAAAAAAUACAAAAAAAUAAUAAUUUAUUAGCUAAAAUUGUCAAGAGUAAUUUGGUUCAAUAACUCAAGUUGUAGGAAGAUGUCCAAUUAUGGAUCAUAUACCACAUAAUAACACACCCUCUCAAACGAAAGCCACCAUAUAUGGGCUUGAAGUUUGCACGGGAUCUCAGACGCCAUGUGCUUACCAAUGAUGGUUAUCAGGAAUAUUCGAACAUAAGACAUAUCGAUCACCGAAGGCUCUGAUACCAUGUCAAGAACCGAUCGAUCCCAAUUACUCGAGUUAUGAAUAAUAUACCACUCACUAACAAAAACAAAGGAAAAUACUUCAUGGAUGAAAAAUAGUGACACUAGAAUGAAUAAUUGAGUCUAACAGGUUGAAAAAUAAAAUCUUGCACCUAUUUAAAGUUUCAUUGGGUGCAAACAUGAUUAAAAAAAGUCAAAAUAGAAGAAAUACAAAUUGAGCUAGGACGAGUCAAACGCGGGACGACACAACUAGUAAUUAACCCAUGCCCUGCCCUCACGCCACUACGGGUCGGAUACUACUUACUAGUUCCAACACAAGUAAUCAGAGUAGGCACCAAACUGGGCGGCAGGGGCGGACCUAGGUGUUGCUAAGGGGUAUCGUCCAACAACCCUUCGUCCGAACAUUUUGUGAAUAACCUAUAUAUUUUUUUGUACAACAAAUUUUAAUACGAGAUUUCCGACCCUACUUUAAUAAUUAUAGCUGAUACUCCUUCAUUCGACACCCCCUUUUCAGCAAUUCUGGGUCCGCCACUGCUAGGCGGGUUCAAUUAUUGUCACCCCUUAAACAUCACUACUAUGAAUAGUACUGUGAUCCACUUCUACUUAAAGCCUCAAAAUAGAAGAAACACGGAAAAUUAAGUUAGGACGAGUCAAGCAUGCGACGACGAGACGAACAAACGAUAUGCACGCGCGUGACUUCUCAUAAUACCAAGAUAAAAAUAUCUGUCUUCAAACCCCAUUUAUACAGUACGCGAUUUUCAUUCCAGUUCCACCACACUCUAAGUUCGAACUAUCUUAUUCCCCUCUAGCCGCCACAAGCCAAUGGACAUGGAGACGACCGAUCCCGCAACCGAGCUUAAUAGCACCACCACCACCACCGACGCAGCAAACUCCCAACAACGCAUCAAGACCAAAACACUCCUCCACCUCCUCCUCAACUGCCUCCUCCUCAUCGUCGGCCAGGUCGCCGGCCCGAUCCUCGGCAGGAUGUACUUCAUCCACGGCGGCAAGAAGCUCUGGCUCUCCGCCUGGACCAACACCGCCGGCUUCCCCAUCCUCAUCAUCCCCAUCGCCAUGUCCUAUAAAGCCCACCACCACCGGCCCAAUAAAGAAGCCCACCGCCGUUUCCUCCCCAGCAACUGGCUGCUCGGGUCCAGCGUCCUCCUGGGCCUCCUCCUGGGCCUCACCGUCUACCUCUACGCCUUCGGCACGGCCUACCUCCCCGUCACCGUCAUCUCCCUCGUCAGCUCCUCCCAGCUCGCCUUCACGGCCGUGUUCGCUUGGUUGAUUGUGAAGCAGAGGUUCACCCACUACUCGAUAAACGCCGUCGUUCUGAUGACCUUCGGCGCCGUCGUUUUGGGGCUCCACAUGGGCGAGGACGUGCCGAGGGGCGAGCCGGUGGGGAAAUACGUGCUGGGUUUCUCGAUAACGAUUGGUGCUGCGGUUUUCCAUGGCCUCUUCCUGACGUUGGUUGAGUUCACUCGGGCUCGAGCUGGGGUUGCGAUCACGUUCGAUGUCGUCAUGCAGCUUCAGUUCGUCAUGUCGAUGGUCGCCACGAUGUUCUCCACCGUCCCGAUGAUCAUCACCGGGGGAUUUCAGACUAUGCCGGAAGAAGCGGCGGAGUUCGACCUCGGGGAGACCAAGUACUACCUGAUCAUCUUUCUGGCGGCCAUAGCUCUCCAAGUGAUGAUCAUCGGUGUUUUCGGAGUGGUGAUGAGCUCUUCUUCCCUGUUCGGCGGGAUCAUGACUUCUCUCAUGGUCCCCGUUCAGCAAAUCUUCGCCGUCAUCUUCUUGCGAGAAGGGUUCAAUGCGGAGAAAGGGAUGGCGUUGGCGCUGUGCCUCUGGGGAUUCGCGUCUCACCUGUACGGAGGUUACAAGACCUCCUCGUCGUCGUCGGAGAAGAAGGACGACGGCGGCGACGAUGACGAGUCAUCGGUGGCCGCCACGAGAAUGAUCAGUUGAAGAGAAGAAAAAGGUGGUUGGAGAGAGAUUGGAAUGGAAAUGUGACGUUGUUUGUGCUAGCUAGCUAGUGUUACUUUUGCAUGUCGCUGUGUUAUAAAUAUAUGUGGUAUCUAUCUAGUACUGCCUCGUUAGAAAGUCAGGUCCAGACCACCUUCGUUAAAGCACAUUUCAAUAGUGUUAAAAAGCAGCAACUUUCCAUUCCUUAUCUCUAUGUCUCUCUAUCUUUUUUUUCCCCUGCCUCUAUCGUGUAACGGUUUCAUUCUUCGUUGACUAGUCUCAUUCUCAUACCGACGAUACUGAGUUAAAAAAAAGAAAGAUCUUAUGUUCUUUAAAAAUACUAGCCUAUUAUCCGGCCCGUUGGCUGGAUUAGUGUAUGUUACCCACUUGUGGAAUAGGAGAAAAAGCAAGUGAGAGUAGAAGGAAUUGGGAUUCCACUUGCUUAGGACCGACCCACUAAUCCGAUUCUUCCCGACCCGCCCCAACCUAAAGGGUCAGAAAGAGUCAAUAAGAAAAAACGAACGGAGAGGAUUAGUCAUAUAUCUUGAAUCUUCAUAAGUGGGUCAAACAGGAUCAAGGUUGGGUGAGGGGAAUUUUUAGCGCUAAGCAGAGUUAUGGUUGAAUAACUUUACUUAGGCCUAGAAAUUGGUGCUGAUGCAGACUGCAGUUUUUAUUAUACCAUCAUCAAUCAUCAUUGAAUUAGUCCUGGGCAUCCCUCCCCGUUGUCGGUCUGAAUUCUAAUGAUGGCUUCGUUCCUUGCACCAGCCAUAUCGGCGAGUUGUCAUCUCGAGCAUGAUUUGCCUAUGUACAAAUGAUACAAUUAGAGUAUGAAACUGAAUUCAAAGAAAGGAAAAGAGAAUUCUAUCACAUGACAAUAAAUACACGCAUAAUAGUGAAGCUAAGUGAAAGUCAUUACUCGCAAAUCAAUUUUCAAAAAUUACAGACUAAACAAUGGCUAGAAUGGCACUGAAACUACCAAGAAUCAUGGACGAAACAACUUGUCAAAUUAAAUAAUCCUUAUACUCAAAACUACCUUCUAACUUGAAAUAGGACAUGAUCACAGUUCAUAGCUCUCUUCUCACUAUGAAUUGGUUGCAGCUCGUCCUUAUCACUGCCUCCCAAGCUCAAUUCCAACAGAAUAGAGACAGUUAUGUAAGAUAACCAUAUCCUUACUGAUCAUAAUUCCUUUCUUCACUCCAUUUUUGUCAGAGAAAAGAGUUAACCCCCUCUCCUGCAUUUCCCUUUCCCCCUCUCUUCUCCCUCUUCUUCACAAACCGAUCCCUAAACCAGCAACAACAACACAAAAAUAGCCUUCGCCUCUGCCAUCUCCAUCUACUGAACGCGUUGGUGGCAAGACAGGACUGCAGAAGCAAAAUUUUCUAAAAUCAAACUAAAUUUUUUGAAGGAGACCUAACCACGAAAAAAGAGUAAAGCAACAAUGCUAAUAGUUCAGAUGGUUGGUUUUGAUGUUAUACAUUGCUUUUGUUCUGGUCUCCAGUAUAUCAACUGCAUGAUUUAGAAGCAAGUCCUCCUGUUUGUGUCAAACGAAAACAUUCAUGGGUUCUUAACUCCCCUGUUAGUGUAAAAGCAGCAGCAGCGGCAAAGAAGUUUGACAACACAGCAAGCACCCAGGCAAAAUGAUACAAUGCAGUAGGUGAUAUGUGUCUCGAAGGUUUUGAGUUACUAAAGUUCAUGUUAAAAAUAAACAUGAAUUAAAAUGGAUUAUUCUAUUAAGCAAACAUCCCCUCUAAUCAUACAAAGAUCAUAUAUCCAAUUCACAAACAAUUAAGCCAUAAAAAAUAUCAUACAUCCACCACCUUUGAUUGCCUAAAUUUGGUUUUUCGCAAAGUUAUGGACUCUUAAGGGUAACGUUCAUGGGUAGUCUGUUUCAUAACUCUAGAGAGCACAGUAAGCAGCCACCAGCCAGACACAGUGCGGUAGGCGAAUAUGAUUCUCAAUUCACAAUUUCUCACCACCGGAAGUAAGAACAGACCAUAAUAAGCGUAACAUUCAUGGGUGGUCUGUUUCAUAGCACUACCACACAAUUUGUUAAAAAAGAAAGAAAGGUAUUUAGCACCACGGUGGAACAACUUUUACAGGCCAACAACGACAACAUGCUGCAACCACCAGAACUAGUAUCACAACUCAUAGGGAAAAUCAAAAGAGCAAUCGUCAAGCACAUACACCAUCACAAAAGUCACGGAACCUGAUUCACAAAGCAUUCAAACAUUUGAGGACAUUUCUGCAAAGGUACAACUUAUAUGUCUUUUUUCCAAGCCAUUUCCAUCAACAUGCUAAUAAAUUUGCAAUGCAUAAAACAAACGGGCCAAAACUUGAAAUUCAGCCUGUUCGAUCGACCCAUGCCAUAUUCUAAUUAUUCUUUACUUUUAAACUUUCUAUUUGAAAAUAAAAAAAAUAGUGAAAGAAAAGAGACGACUACAAUUCGCCAUUUGCACAUCACUUAAUCGAGAUUAAAACCAUGGAAAUUCAAAAGGAACUGAAAAUGUUUAGGAUCGUUAUAAUGUUUAAAAUAACCAAAUAGAUCGUUAUGUUUAGUUUUUUACUAACAAAUACCAAACGAUUCCCUAUAAAAUACACUAUAAUUUGAUCAUUGUGAUAUCAAAUAAUUAUAAAAUAUAUAUUUGAAAUGAUAAAAAUUGGACUAAUUGUGUUGGUCGAGGUUGAACCAUUGAAUAACUUUAAAAUACAUUAUAUUUUAGCCACUAAGAUAUAAAAUAAUAGCAUAAUAGAAAAUAGCUUGUUUUAGAAUGACAAACCAAUGAUGUUCAUUUGUUUUACUUGAUGGCCAAAUCACAUGUAGGUCAGGCCCAUUCAACUCUUUUAUUUUAUGGUUAGCGGUUAGCCCAUUAGAUACCAUGCAUUAGUUUAUUGUUAAAUUUUUUAUUUUUAACAAUAAAAAGGAGUAUUAGUUUUUCCUUUUCAUAUAUAUUUUAUCACCACGGAGAAAUAAAAGGGUUUAAAGAAAAAAAAUUGACACUCCUGGACCCGUUUAAAUUCGCAUGUGUACGGUAAGUUGGCCCGUUCCACAGAGGAAAGAGAAAAAAAUUGACACUUCCUAUUCUACCCUUCCUACAAACACUCAUGGAGCAGGGAAUUUGAAAUGGGGGAAGGGUUUUUUCCUCCCUGCUAUUAUAUGUUUUUAAUUUAAAAAGAUACAACAAAUGUGCUUAGUGUGAUUGGUUAUUAUCCUUGUUUUUCUUUAAAAUGGUCAUGGUUCGAAUCCCAGUACGUGUCUUUUUAAUGAAUAAAAAAAAGUAAUUGUGAAGACCAAAAUGUCCUUCCUACUUUCACUCUCGUUGCAGGAAAUUAAAAAUGUCAUAGUAAUGCACUGACAUUUUAUACAAAUGUUCCCCUAAAAAAAAUGACAUUUUAUACAAAUGACGCAUAAAUGUGAGGAGAAGAGGAGAUGGGAUUGGGUAGGAGGAAGGGAGAGAGAGAGGAACAAACAUAAAGUGGAGCUGUUAUUUUUUUUUUCUUUUUUUUUUAAGAAUGAAAUAGAUUUAAUUUUUUGUUGUUUAGGUACUGGUUAAUAGAUUUGAAUUUGAGAUUUUCAAGUUGGCCAAAUUCACUUGUAUAGCCAAAAAUUCGACGUUUGUGAUAAAUAUAGCCACUUUUGGAGAAAUACCAGAAAUAGUCAGAAUUUUGAAAGUUCGAUGACAAAUAUAGUCAUUUCCGUUACAUAGUUUGACGGCGUCAAUGACACCGUUAGUCUAAUUAACGGAAUGAUGAUGUGGCUGCCAACUCAUCACCCACGUCAGCAACAAGUCAUCAAUAUCAUUGCCACGUCAUUUUGAUUUAUCUUUUAACAAUUCUGGGUGGAUAAAUAAAUAAAUAAAAUUCCAAAUAGUCUUUUUUAUCUAAAAAUAUUAAAAAAACAAAAAAACAAUAAAAGAAUAAAUAAUUUUAUCUCACAUCCCUCUGACCCUCUCUUCUCUCUGCCUCCGCCCGCAACCGUCUUUCCUUCCUCCACGGACGAUCAAAACCAAUCGCCAUCACCUCAUAGUACCAUCUCCAAUCUCGCUUCCCUCGAUACCGCUCCUCCCUCGACCAGUAGCAAGCCAGGUCCCCCCCUCCCCCCAAAUCCCGGGGAGACCACUGAAACGACAGCCGACAAAGACGCCGACCAAGAGCGACGCCUACUUCACACCGUUUCCUCCGUUCGUCGUUUCCUCUGUUUGCCGGGCACGGAGCCUCCAGAUCAUCCGCCCUCGUUCUAUUGGUAAGGACCACAAAAACCUCGUAGCUUCGAGCUCAAUCAGUCGCUAAACUAACUCAACCCGUGUUCAUGAACCGAAGUUUUGCCGGCGGGAUUGCGACGAUUUAGAGCUCCGAAGCCGUCGAUGUUGCAACAGGAGCGACAGUGAGUUAGAUCUGGGGGUUGGUGGUGGCUGUUGCGGAUUAGAAAUAGAUCGUGGUUAGGGUUGAAUUCGGUGUGAUAGUUGAGAUGGAUGGAAGAGAGGUGGUGAGUGUGAAGGUUGGUGGUGGCUGUCGGUUUGGAAAUUGGGGAGGAGGAACAUGGGGGAGUGAUUAUGGGGAAGAAGGAGAGAGAUUUGGAAGGUUGGGUGGGAGGGAAAUUGGGGAGGAGGAACAGGGGGAGUGAUUCUGUGGAAGAAUGGGGAAAAAGGAGAGGGAUUUGGGAAGGUUGGGUGGGAGAAGAACGGAGAGGGAGAGAGAGAAAAUAAAAAAAAUAUUUAAUUAUUUAAUUAUUUUAUUUUCAUUUUUUCUGAUUAUUCCAGCUCAUAUUUUUAAUGAUUAAAAGAUUGACAUGUCAACUUUUUCGUUAGUCCAGUCAACACGUUGAUUAAUACCGUCAAACAAUUGGAUGGAAGUGGUUAUUUUUUGUAUUUAUCCAAACGUUGCUAUAUUUGGCAAAACCGUCAAAGUUUUGGCUAUAAAGAUGUAUUAGGCCUUUCAAGUUCAAGGCUUUUGGAAUUACCAAAUUUUAAUUGAAGUCUAUCUUAGAGUACAUAAAUUUUCAUUAAACCCGAUACAAUGACAAUCAAAUAAUUUAGUUAAUGCGAAUUUUUUUUAUUGAUUUUGCAACCAAGUUAUUUAAUUAUCUAAGAUUUUUAAAACUCUUGUUUAAAUUUACAAUCAAUAAUAUUUGGCGGAAAAUUUAGAAUCGUUUUAUGUUUCAAAAUUACUUGGUUUGAAAAAGUAUAAUAACUUUGCUACCGAACUUAUUUGGUUGGAAUAUUCUUGCUUCCUUUUGGUCUCUUCAAUUUUGAUUCGGUUAAUAGGAUUAUUUUAAUUGAAACCCAAUUUAUCAACAUCUUUAUCUUCCAAAAAUGUAAUUUAGUAUGUAGUAAAUGAUAAUCUUUUCGCAACUACUUGUAAUUUGGUUGUAAACUUUUUGGUUGCAAAAGCUAGUAGUGACAACUGACAACUACACAACUCUGAAUCGACAACCUCCUCACCCGUAAGUAGGGAUGGCAAUUUCGACCUGACACGUUUUAUCCUACCUGUUUGAACUGUUUUGGGGCGGGACGGGCAUGGGUAUUCUCGUCGACCCGACCUGCCCUGACCCGCCCCAUUGUCGACCUGUUCUUACUUAAAUUACAUGUAAUCUUAGUCAAAUUACUUAGGAUUUUCCUUUUAUUACAUCAUAUUUUAGCUACAAUAAAGUUGUAAUUAUUGA